AUGACACCUUUUCACCGUCAAGCUACCGUACUAAUCUUUCUGAAUGCCUUACUGAUUCCCGCGUUUUCCAUCUUUCUUGAAAAGAAUUCUGGUAAAAGUUGUAUAGAUACGAAGGCUUAUUUUGCGGUUUCUGAGGAGGAUGGAAAUGAUGAAAACGAUGACUUCUUCCACGUGGAGAAUCUGAAAGAGACUUCGAAACUGAAAUCUGAUGUGUCACAAGCAGUGACAUGCCCAAAAGUAGCCAAUGGAAAUUGUGAAGAAGGAUGGAAAAACUUCACUCGACCAUCUGGAGAGUGGUGUAUGAAGAUUUUCUUCGAGAACUUCAUCACCCCAGCAGCAGCUGAGAAGAAAUGCCAAGAGGUGGGAGCAACACUUUCUAGUAUUCAGGAUCAAUACGAGAACUUUUAUAUUUUGUACACCGUCUUGGACAAAAUUUUUCCCGAAUCUGGGACUGUUAUGAUUGGAAUGAAACGUACAGAAGCUUGUAGGAACAGUGGGAAAAACGCCAAGUGUAAUUGGGCAACCUCAUUUGAGUGGACAGAUAAAUCUGCGAAUGGUACAGAAGGAAUCUCAUGGGCUUCUAAGCAACCGGAUAAUUCACGGCAUAUGACUCCUGGUGGACAAGCUUGUGCACUGAUAUAUGCUACAGUGUCACGUAAUCUAGGAGCAUUUCAGUCUGGAACACUUGAUGAUGUUGGAUGCGACUUUGAUUUUGUCAAGGCUGGUUACACCCCAAGUACUCCGAAGGCAUACGUGUGCGGAAAGAAGCCAAAAGUGUAA